GGACUUCUCUCUUAGGGGACGGGGCGGGGCCUGCGCGGGGGCGGGACCUGUUUGGUGGGCGGGGCCGUGGCGGGCUCAGAUGGCGGCAGCGCUGGGCGCCUAGGCGGGCGGGGGCCAUGAGCGCCACCCGACCCCAGUUCAGUAUCGAUGAUGCCUUCGAGCUGACCCUGGAGGACGCAGGGCCUGGUCCUGAGUCCAGCGGGGUCGCCCGCUUCGGGCCGCUGCACUUCGAGCGCCGGGCCAGGUUCGAGGUGGCUGAUGAAGACAAGCAGUCCCGGCUGCGCUACCAGAACCUGGAAAAUGAUGAGGAUGGAGCCCAGGCCUCUCCAGAGCCCGAUGGGGGAGUCAGCACAAGGGAUUCUGGGCACAUGUCCAUGCGUAGCUCUCAGUGGUCCUUCAGCACCAUCAGCAGCACCACCCAGCGCUCCUACAAUGCCUGCUGCAGCUGGACCCAACAUCCUUUGAUCCAGAAAAACAGACGGGUCGUUCUGGCCUCCUUUCUGCUCCUGCUGCUGGGGCUAGUGCUCAUCCUGGUCGGCGUGGGACUGGAGGUGGCCCCCUCUCCAGGUGUCUCCAGCGCCAUCUUCUUCGUGCCAGGCGUCCUGCUGUUAGUCCCGGGAGUCUACCACGUGAUCUUCAUCUACUGUGCCGUCAAGGGCCACCGGGGCUUCCAAUUCUUCUACCUGCCCUACUUUGAGAAGUGAGCUGCAGCGGGCCAAUGGGAUACCAGAGAUCCAAGGCCUCAGGCCACCUCCACAUGUCCACAGGGCGGACCUCCAACCGACGCCCAGUUCUGUCCCUUUCGCCUGGAAGGAAAAGGCCCUCUGGGACCCUCACGACCACCGGCCCCCUCUGGAUUCGCUCAGGAAGUUUGGGGCAUGCCAGCCUGGGGAUGUUGCCCCUUAACCUGAUGUGUGCCUUAGUUUAUUCCUGGGCCCUGGAAUCCUGGGUUGGUGUAAUUUUGUGCUAAUAAAAGUGUCAUUAUCCCCAGCA